UACACUCGGAAUACACCGCCUAAUGCCCUCAAAAGCCCUGUUCUUUUUCGUCCAAAAAAGAAAUUCUUAUGCCACUUUUGUCCCCAUCGUCCUCAUCCAGCGGAGAAGAGAAGUGAGAGAAAAGCAAUGGAAGACAACAGAGCAGUGGAGGCAGAGAGAUGGCUGAGCAUCGCCGAGAAGCUCCUUGCCGCACGUGACUUGCACGGCUGCAAAACGUUUGCCAUCCGCGCCCGAGAAUCUGACCCCAGACAGGUUCGUUUCUCCGACCAGAUCCUUGCUGUAGCCGACGCCCUCAUCGCCGGCGAGGCCCGGAUCAACAACCAGAACGACUGGUACGCCAUUCUCCAGCUCUCUCGCCGUACCCAAGACCCCGAACUCGUCGCCACCCAGUACCGGCGUCUCGCUCUGCUCCUGAACCCGGAUCAGAAUCGCUUGCCCUUCGCUGAUCAGGCCUUCAGGCUUGUCGCGGACGCCUGGUCGGUUCUGUCGAACCAGGCGAAGAAGGCUCUGUACGAUGACGAACUCAGUCUUUUGAAACUCGAUCCGAGCGCCGAUUCGGCUCAACCGGGUCGGAGACCAGUGAGGAAGAGCACUAGAAACAAGGGUGGGAGUGGGGAAAUGCCGAGUUUCGAGUCAGCUCGGAUGCCUCGAACGACUGAGCCGACUCAGUCUCUGGGUCCGUGUUUCUGGACUGCGUGUCCCUACUGCUACAAUCUGUAUGAGUACCCUGGGGUGUACGAAGAGUGUGUCCUGCGAUGCCAGAACUGUCAGAGGGCAUUUCACGCUGUGAGGAUCCCGUCUCCGCCAGCGGUCGGCGAUGGCAAGGAUGGAUACUUUUGUUGUUGGGGUUUUUUUCCUUUAGGAUUUUCUGUGAACCCUCCUGAAAAUGCUAAAACGACAGGCGGCUACUCUAAUUGGGUGCCGUUUUCUCCAAUGUUCGCUUGCCCUUCGCAGUAUGCAGGUCACCGGAAUGUCCCCGAGCAACCUGAAAAAGUGGUGGUGGCUAAGAAUGUGAAUGCCCCAAGAACUAAAAGUCCUGUGGCACGGCGGAGCAUUGUUAUCUAUGAUGAUGAUGAUGAUGACGAUGACGAUGAGUUUAUUGAGGUUUCGGACCCAAGUGAUGACUCGGAUGAUGAAUGGGGUAGUAUUAGGAAGAAGAAGAAGGCGAAGAGCGUGAAGGCUAAGGGUUUGGUGGGUAAAGUUGGGAGGAAGUCGCAAGGGGAGAAGAUAAAGAAGGAAGAUCAGCGUUUUUCGGGGCAGGUUGAGGGGGGAAGUGGUGAGAGCCCACAAGGUUUGUUGGCUGUGGAAGAAGGUGUGGAGGCGCCGGGUGUGUCGAAGGUGGAUACAAGCACAAAGGUGGGAGGGAAUAAUGGGAAGAAGCAACCGGAAAAGGGUGUGAAGGAGUUGGGGAAGUUGGAUUUGAAUGUGGAAUUUAGUAAUGAGGUGGAAGAGGCGGCAGUGGGAAUAAGUGAAGGGAAUGGGGAGGAGGAUAACAUUGAAGGGAUUAGUUUUUUUGAGGGUCUUGAUGAGUUUCUGAGUAGUCUGCCUAUACUUUCUGUUGUGGGCGAUGACAAGGUUAAGGCGGCUUAGAGAACUCAUCCUUCACCCUUUGGUUAAAAGUUUUCUGGCCCAAAAGGUAGAAGCGGUGAUGGGGAACAUCAAGAUUUGGUUUGGUGUGACAACACAAAUAAAGGGGAAAAAAAAAUCCCCCAAAAAAGAAAGGAGAAAAGAUGAAAAAAUGAAACAUAUCAGAAAAAGGAAAAUGUCGUUUCCUGCUGCAGAAAGGGUGCAUGAAAACAUCAGAUAAAGCAGAAUUAUCAACCCAAGCCACAGAAAAAGAACCCCAGUUGUCUCAGUAAAGGUGCCUUUUUGACCAUUCAAUGAAAUUGAUGUGAUGCAUAUGGGCCCUACUGCAAGGGGAUGCUUUCAUUUAUGUCAUGGAGCUGCUUAUGGGUGGCUUGGCCUUGAUAAAUGCAGUCAAUACUUUGUUUUUCAGGUUCAAACAUUAUGAAUGUGACUCAUGUUGGCUUGGUAAAGUUAGCUACAAGAAUGUAAAGAUGACUUGGAGGCAAUUAAUGCUGGGCAAGAAGGGAAAAUGUGGCUUAUUUUGCCAAAAAACAAGGGGAGUUGAACUGUUUGGUUCUUGAAGAACUGUUUGGCUCACCCGGUUCACCGGUCCAACUAUUACUUUAGGAGGUUCGAGACAGGUCUAGUGGGUAAACAGUUCAAAAGGGGGAACCAGACUGAAAAGGCCAUCGAUCAACAAUUGGACUGGUUCAGCUGACCGAUCCAAUUUGGUUUUCAAAACAUUAUGAUUAAUACAAAUUAUAUACAAAGCUAUACAAAUAUUGACAUAAAUUUUUUUGGAUGUUGUUCUAAAAUUGUGAUAUAUAAAAAUCCUAUGUUUUUGUUCAAAA